AUGGCUUUUCCAACAUUAUUUCCUGAUGGGAAAGGUGAUCCCACUAAUCAAAGUAUCUUGAGGAAUGUUUCUCUUCAAGAAAGAAUUAAGCAUCUUUUGAAAUUUGCUGAAUUUGUUGAUGGUAAAUGGGUAUACCGUUUUGCUAACCACCCUAGAUUUUCAUACUGGGCAUUUGAUAUGAUUCACAGAAAGCGCAUUCUACAACAAAGUGGAAUAUUCAUUAAGCAAAAUCUAGGUGAAGCACACCUCACAAUUGAUGAGCUGCGUGAAAUGGCUGCGAGUGACAAUCUGCUUUAUUGAUGUCCAAAGUGUCGAGAUACAUUGGCAAUAUUGCAGGUACUAAUGCUUACUGGAAUAAAGUAAGAGAGGAACUGAAAGCUAUAAUAACUAAUGUUGGAGCACCAACAUUGUUCUUUACUUUCUCAUCAGCAGAUAUACACUGGCCUGAAUUACAUGCUCUCUUUGGAGCAGGGGCGCCGGAGCCACAGGGGCAGCGGGGGCAGCUGCCCCCGUUGCCUAAACAGUGCGGGGGCAGCACGGGGCAGCAGGUUGCCUUUUUUACAAGAACUGCACUUCGAACGUCGUGCGUUUUUCACAUGAAUUGAAAUUGAAAACUGUUUUUAAACAAUUUAGCUCAUUUUUGAUUCUGAAUUCCUCUCAGAAACAUUACCAAUCAGUUUCCACCUAUGAAAAAAGGGAAAAAGAAAGCCUUCCUAAAUAACUGACAACUAUCAUGUUGCUUUACAAUACAUUUUAGUGUCAUGCAACAAAUAAAAAUGUUCCAAUCCAUGCCGAAAUUUGUCUAACUGUAUUAGCUACAAGUAAUGAAGUGUCCGUUAUACAGCAAAAGGUUAACGAACAUUGCCCCCCCCCCCCACGAAAAAAAUAAAUUAAGGCUCAAGAGUAAGUGCCCUUUUUAAAUGGCUGCCCACGCCGCUCCAUGUUGCUUCCGGCGCCCUUGCUUUGGAGCAAACACUGGUAAUGCCACUAGUGAGGCAAGGAGACAAAAUGUUAUUAACAAUCCACAUAUAGUUGAUUGGUUCUUACACAGAGACUAGAAAAGUUUGUUAAACACUGGCUUUACGAUACACUUGGUGCAAAAUGGCACUGGGUUAGAUAUGAAUAUCAAGGUAGAGGUAGUAUCCAUUGUCAUGGUACUGCUAAACUAAAUAAUGACCCAUGUUUGUGUCAACUUACUCAGACUGCUUUGAAAGGUUUCUUAGCUCAAAAAUUUAAGGAUGAAAAUGAUUGUUCUGUCACAACUGAACUAGACCAGAAUAUUAAAGCUGGUCAGAAAGCAGCUGACACAGUAUGUCAGUAUGUUGAUUGGUUAUUAUCAACCGUCAAUAAUCCUAAUCCACCAGACGAGGACAUGUGGAUAAAACCUGAGGUUCAUCCAUGUCAAAGAAGUCAUCAUGACAUUCCUGAACAUGGAAAACAAUCAGAUUAUGUAGAUCUUUUGAACAUGGUUCAACGACACACUCGUUGUAGUACAAGUUAUUGUCUUAGAAAGAAGUCAAAUGAAACAGAGUUGAAAUGUAGAUUUCAUUUCCCUUUUGAUAUUUGUCUUAAGACAUAA